CCCGUAUUCGGACAGGGCCAGCGGUGAGUUGCCAUACUUGGACUUUGCGUCCUUGCACUUACCAUGCCGCGCCGUCGCAAAGAUGCACAGCAGUCCGACAUGGACCAGAUAGUUGACGAGGUGGAGAUGGACGAAGACGGGCAGCCCGAAUCCGAGGAAAUGGCUGUAGACGCUUCUGACGAUGACGAGGCGACGGAAGACAAGGACGGGGAAGGGCCAGAGGAAGAAGACGGAAACUCAGACCUGGAUGCCUUAUCGGAUUCUCCGGGCGACCAACAAGAAAUGGGUCCCGCAACCCAACCCCGCCUCAGGAUCAAGCUGAAACUCGGCGCGCAGCAAACAGCUGUGUCAACUCCAGACGAAGUGCCAGCACCUUCGUCUCGCAGAAUUAUAGCUCGCGAACGAGAAGAAGAAGAGGACGAGGAUGAGGAUGCACAGUCUACGCGCUCUACGUCCGUAGCUACGGCGGGCACCAAUAAAGCAUUGACGGCACGUCAAGCCGUCCUUGCGAACGUUGUGGAUGCCUCGCAUGUUUCACUCGAGACGGCGCGCAAGCGCAGGAAUCUUACAGAGAAGAAGCUGGAGGACGAGAAGACCGAGACCAUAAACCGUCUGCUCAAGAAGCAAACUCGCGCCCGAGGGAAGCGUAAUGCCCUCGCCACGGCUGAGGAUCGCCCAUCUACGGGAGGCGGCGGAGACGAUGCGGAGGAAGGUGUGGAGGCUGAGCCUUCCGAACCUUUCAUCCCCACAAUGUACCGCUGGGUCUCAACAUCCCGCAUGUCAGCACAAGGUGCGGAAGGCGAGGCAACCUCUGAAAAGACAAUGUCUCUAUCCUUCUCCGUGCCUAUUUCGGUCUUGCCGCCGUCCAGAGAGCAGUCUGAGUCUGCCUCUGCGGCGAUGGACGUCGACAAGCCAGCUGUUCCGGAGAGGCCGAAGCAACAAUUGCAGGCGACGUGCGACGUGCAAGGAUGCUCCGAGCGGCGCAAGUACCGAUUGGUGAGGGGCUUCACCAAGGGUGCUUGCGGGAUGGCCCACUUGAAAGCUCUCGAAGCACAACUGGCGUAGCUCUCAGGUCACUUGUGUGUACAGGUGCCGCAGGCCAGAUCCUCAUAGCCACCCUCCUAGUACGUCCAGUUGACUCAUAUUGUGUAUUUUUUGCUCGGAGAAUUGCCCUGUUGUAUUUGUAUCUGUACUUGCUUUCAUGCUAUCGAUCUAUUGUGAUCCUCCUCGC